AUCUGACUAGUACCUAAAAUGGCAGAUAUGAAUUUGAAACUGAAAAAAAGAAGGAAACGAAGCGAGCCUAAAAGAAGGAGUAGUUCGCGCGUCCACACUAAAAGCAUGUGUCCCUACAACACCAGAUCCAACCCUACUCAUUUAUGAAAACGUCAUUAUAUGCCCCCCUCAACGGUUAACCAAACCCCACACUUGUUCAUCUUAAUUCUUCCCCCAACCACAAAAAGAUUUUUAUUUGGGAGAAAACAAAAAAAAAAUGGGUCUGCAUCCAAUCUCCGACGCCAACGAACACAAUCCCUUCGGAUCUCUCACCGCCGACGAGUUCUACGCCAAGCAUUCCGUUAGCCACUCCUCCGCAUUCAUCAACAACCCCCGUGGUCUCAAGCUCUUCACUCAAUGGUGGUCUCCACUCCCUCCAACUAAACCAAUCGGUAUCAUCGCCGUCGUUCACGGCUUCACAGGAGAAUCCAGCUGGUUUCUUCAGCUCACAUCAAUCCUUUUCGCUAAAUCCGGUUUUAUCACCUGUGCGAUUGAUCACCAAGGACAUGGAUUCUCGGAUGGACUCAUCGCUCAUAUCCCUGACAUCAAUCCCGUCGUCGAUGACUGUAUCUCCUUCUUUGAUGACUUCCGUAACCGUCAGACUCCGUCAGAUCUGCCGUGUUUUCUCUACUCCGAGUCCUUAGGCGGCGCGAUUGCUCUCUACAUCUCGCUUCGUCAGAGAGGUGUUUGGGAUGGGCUUAUCCUCAACGGAGCUAUGUGUGGAAUCAGCGAUAAGUUCAAACCGCCGUGGCCGUUGGAGCAUUUGCUCUUCGUCGUCGCCAAUCUCAUCCCUACCUGGCGCGUUAUCCCCACACGCGGCUCGAUACCUGAGGUUUCGUUCAAGGAGCCCUGGAAGAGGAAGCUUGCGAUGGCUAGCCCUAGGAGGACGGUGGCGAGACCACGCGCCGCCACGGCUUAUGAGCUCAUCCGUGUCUGUAAGGAUCUGCAGGAGAGGUUCGAGGAGGUGGAGGUCCCGCUUCUGAUCGUGCACGGCGAUGGCGAUGUUAUCUGCGACGUGGCGUGCGUGGAGGAGCUUCAUCGGAGAGCGAUUAGCGAGGAUAAGACGAUCAAGAUCUACCCUGAGUUGUGGCAUCAGAUGAUUGGGGAAUCGGAGGAGAACGUCGAUCUGGUUUACGGUGACAUGCUAAAUUGGCUCAAGACCCGAGCAGAAAGCGCCGCUGAGAGGAAGGCACGCGCCGGCGGAGUUUAGAGUCCUUUUGACUCAUUGGGUGUUGUGUUUGUUGUCGUCCAAUAGGGCAGAGCCAUCUGGCUAGCGAGUAAUUUUAUGGUUCACUGUUUCGUAGCGCAUGGUUUACAGUUAAACCAACCAAUCCCUUUGGCUUUGGCCUUUGGGUAUCAAUAAAUAUGGAAUAUGAAAAUUAUUGACAUAAAAAACAAACCAAAUAUUUGCAAAUAUCAAGUUUCUCA